AUGAGCUUUCUGGGACUCUCCAUAGACUUGACUUGCAGAACAUAGAAAUCUUCAGCCGAUGUGGUAGUUUCCCUUCACCCAUGAAGAACAUAGGAAUCUUCAGCCGAGUAUAUAGAAUCACAUAAAAACAAGAGGAAAUGGAGUUUCAAGGGAAGAAAAAGCAAACCAUGCUUUGCUUCUCAUUUGUGACCUCCUUGUCCAUCCUCGGAUACUUCUUGUGCGCUGCAACUAAAGAUAUGCAUUACGAUAGUCGACCCACAAUCGUGGAAGAGGUUCACGUUGGGGUGAUUCUUCAUAUGGAAUCAAGGGAAGGAAAGAUUGUUGACAGUUGCAUUACUACAGCCCUGUCUGAUUUCUACCAGAUGCAUAAUAACUACACCACAAGAGUGAUUCUACACACUAGAGAUUCCAAAGCAAAACCUCUACAUGCUCUAUCAGCUGCUCUUAAUCUUUUGGACGACGUCCAAGUGCAAGCAAUAAUUGGUGCACAAACAAGCAUGGAAGCAAACCUUUUGGCCGAGUUAGGAGAAGAAGCUAAAGUACCUGUGAUGUCUCUUUCUCAACCUAGUCCUUCUCCCUCUCCCUCUAACAAAUAUCCCUUCUUUGUUGAGAUCACACAGGAUGAAACUUCUCAAAUUAUGGGAAUCAGUGCCUUGAUUAAAAAGUUCGAAUGGAGGGAUGUUAUCCUUAUAUAUGAUAACACGAAAUACAGGAGAGACAUCAUUCCUUCUUUGGUCAUUUCCUUACAAGAGAAAAAUGUGUACAUUUCACAUAAAAUUUCUUUUGCUACCUCCUCAAGAAGUGAACAAAUCAUUGAAGAGCUCCAAAAGCUAAUGCAACUGAAUACUAAGGUUUUUCUCGUGCACAUUUCACAUUUGCUUGUGCCUUGCCUUUUCUUAAAUGCAAAAAGGUUAGGAAUGAUGGGUGAAGGUUAUGCUUGGAUUAUGACAUCAAGUAGCAUGAAUUUCUUGCAUUCCAUGGAUUUAUCUGUAAUUGAGUCAAUGCAAGGAGUGGUAGGUUUGAAGUCUUGCAUUCCAGCAUCAAGGAGUCUCCACAAUCUUACUUCAAGAUUGAGGAGGAAAUUUUACAGGGAGGAGGCCAAUGUAGAAGUAAGGGAGUUAAGUGCAGAUGCAAUCUGGGCAUAUGAUGCCACUUGGGCUCUAGCAGAAGCAAUUGAGAGGGCAAGGAUAGUAAAUUCUACAACUAACCAGCCAUACACCGGACUAGACCUACCAAAUGAUAUAAAUAAUACGAGGCCCUCCGGACAUGGAGUUCUGCUUCUUAGAGAGAUAUUGGAAGGUAGAUUUAAAGGUUUAAGUGGCAAAACUCGGUAUCUAAAUGGGAAACGAAAUUCAGGGGCAUUUGAGAUAGUAAAUGUGAUAGGAAAAGGGGAGAGAACAGUUGGGCUUUUGCCUUGUGUAGAAGGAAACAUAAAGGAGUCCCACCUGCUUCAUAACAAAAGAAAGUUAAUUUCCACUGGUGAUCUGGAGACAAUCAUUUGGCCUGGAGGAUCAACCACAGUCUUGAAAGGUUCCAAGACUCAAUUGAGUGAAGUAAAACUAAGAAUUGGCGUGCCAGUGAAAGUAGGGUUCAAGGAACUUGUGCGCGUGGACCAUGAUCUUCAGGGCAAUAGAACAUAUGUCACUGGAUUUUGUAUAGACGUAUUCAAAGCUGCAAUUGGUGCUCUGCCAUAUAAAGUACAUUACGAGUUUAUUCCAUUUCAGGAUGCCAAUGGACAUUCUGCUGGGACUUACAAUGACCUUGUUCACCAGGUUUAUGUCAAGAAAUACGAUGCUGUUGUUGGAGAUACGACAAUCACAUCGAACAGGUCCUUAUAUGUUGAUUUUACAGUACCAUAUACAGACUUAGGUGUGGGAAUGAUAGUCCCAAAUGAAAAGGAAAACAUGUGGAUUUUCUUGAAACCUCUUUCUGCAGAUCUCUGGAUAACAAGUUUUUGUUUCUUUGUGGUAACUGGUUUGGUUGUGUGGCUAAUUGAGCGUCCGAUUAACCAAGAGUUCCAGGGUUCGCCCUCACAGCAAAUUGGAACUAUAUUCUGGUUCUCCUUCUCAACCCUUGUUUUUGCUCAUAGGGAGAAGUUGUCAAACAACUUGGCAAAAUUUGUGGUGAUCGUAUGGCUGUUUGUAGUGCUUAUAUUGAAUUCCAGUUACACUGCAACUUUAGCUUCAAUGAUGACAGUAAAACAGAUACAAUUCAACUCAAAAGUGAACUCUAUAGGUUACCAAAUAGGUACAUUCACCAAAGGACCUAUAGACUUGAAUUUCAAAGGACUCAAGCAAUUCAUUCAUUCGGAAGAAGAAUAUGCUGAUGCUUUAUCACGAGGAAGUAAGCAUGGUGGUGCUUCUGCUAUCAUUGACGAGAUUCCAUAUAUCAAGAUCUUUCUAGCGAAGUAUUCUGCUAAGUUUUCCAUGAUUAAAACCAAGUCUACCACCAAUGGUUUUGCCUUUAUUUUCCCUAAAGGAUCCAAAUGAGUUCAUGACAUAUCAAGGCAAAUUGAAACUUUGAGAGAAGAAGGAAAGCUUUUAGAAAUGGAAGAAGCCUGGUUUCAGAGUAAAACAACUCUUAUGUAUGAGGACAAAAGCAUUCCCAAUACUCUUAACCUCAACAGUUUUCGUGGAUUAUUCCUUGUUAGUGGGGUUUCUUCAGCUUCUGCUCUUUUCCUAUUCAAAGUUUUCUCACUUAAAGAAAAAUGGGAUGCUAUGAAGAAAUGCAAAGUUGGAGACAUGAUCCGUGUACUACAGCAGCGUAUAAGAAUGUUCUUCCCAAACAUGGCAUUCCAAUGAAAAUGAAGAAGACUUUACAAGAUCACCAGAAGCAGACUAUAAUACAUGCUGCUAUGUACAGGAAUUCUCUAGAGAGGUUAAUUGAAAAUUAGAGAAGUGCAAUUAUAACCGGUGAAUAUGUGGUCAAGCACAUAUCGACCACCAUCUCGACUUGUAUUGUUGGAAAUCAGGAAGUUAUUUAGUUUCCUUUUAUGUAUA